UGAUGAGUUCCUUGUGUUGUACGUGGGCGAUGUCUUGGUAUUUUCUAAAAGUUUCGGGGAGCAUCUCAGGCACUUGGAAAUUGUUCUAAGUAAAUUGGCGAGAGCAGGCUUUACAUUGAAUGCGGCUAAUUGCCGAUUCUGCCAGAAGGAGAUCAGAUUUUUUAACUUGGGCCACCUGAAGCCUUACUUGGACAGUGUAGACUAGUGUUAGUAUAAUGGCAUACUGGUCCAGAAGGAAGUGAUGAUAAAUUUGUAGUAAGAACGAAUGAAUCCAGUUAAAUUUCAUGGUAUAAAGAGGUCAGGCAGUUAAAUGAUCCGAAAUUUGAGGAAUUGUGGGAAGAGUUGCUCAGUAAUUGCUGCGCUGGGGUGAUGGCUGUGUGAAUACCAACUUUUUAUGUAGGCCUGCGCGCCUUUGUUUGGAAAUAAUUGUAAAAGGGAUAACAGAGAGGGCUUGUAAAUGUGUAACUUUCAAUCGGUUUCGGCAAGGAGUGAAUGAGGAAAGGCAGGAGAAAGUUUGAAAUCAUAGGUCUGAAAGAGAAUGGGCGAGGGAGAGAGAAUUAAGUUUACGCUCGCCUAAAUUCUAAUGAUAGGAACCAAUCACUGUUAUGGUCAGUGUUGUCACCGAAAAAUAUUACAUACUUGUAUGGGUAUGUUAGGACAAUGAAAAUGUUAGCCUGUAUGAACCGAAUUGUAUGAGAUGAGUUGCCAGCUAAGUGUAAGAUCUGGUAGAGUGAAACAAGCUGUAAAUCUGAGGUGACAAAGCAACUUAGGGAGUGAGGUAUUGUCCAGUGAGGCCCAUAAAUGUGGCAAUGUGCGAGUGAACCAGAAGUGAACUUCAAGGAAGUGGUCAGAACAAUGGUAGCGACAUGAGCAACAACAGGACUGGAAUGGGUAAAAACUAGAACUCAUGUUUGAAUGGAACCUACAGCAAAGUCUGUCCACCUCCUGUUCAGAAUGGACAGAAUCAAGGAGAUGUGUUAUCACCAUUGAUUUUCAACACCAUUUUAAAGGACAUGUUUAGGACAAUCCAAGAAAAUCAGCAUGAACUGGAAUUGAAUGGGGAUUGCUAGCUUCUGCUCUCAGCCAGUGAUGUUGAUUUUCUGAUUCUUCAAAGCUUCUGAUAACACUUCAUUCAUUAUGCAAACAUAUGUUGUAUGCUGUCCAUUGUCUGAGGCAUAUUUAACACACAGGUUUCGAGUGUUAACUGUACUCUCAUCCUCAGAUUGGUAUGCGAGAACAUGGCAGAUGCGUCAGAUUGCGGACACUCAACAAUCUGCGUCAUUCAAUCUGAGGGCCGAUGGACGACAGUUGCGCAAUGAAACUGCCCUCAGGACCAAGUGGGACACUUACCAUAAUGAUGCUCGACUUCAUGACAGGUUUACAGAAGUGUCUCAAUGGCAAGAUGUUCUGGAGCAGUGCUUACAAGCAGUUGAAAAUGAGAUUGCAAAACUAACAGAAGAAAAAUGUGCAACAGAGCGAGAGCUGGAGUCUCUAACUUUGCAACUGAACACUGUAGCAGAAUGCAUUAGGCAGAGAGACAGCCGCUAUGGGAACGAUCUUGUGCUUUCGGAUGAGGGAGAUUCUGAGCUAAAAAAUGAGCUUGGUGUGAUUGAGCACUUGAAGGCAUUCUUGACAAACAAAUGCCAGACUGCAUGGGAACAAAUAAACAGAUUGAAAGAAGUCCAGUUCAGUUUACAGCUGGAUAUCAGCAACAAAAAAGCUGCAGUAGCUAUUGACAAAGAAAACUUUGAGAUGACCGAGGACUGUUCUGGCACCAGCUAUAAGCCUGACCCUCUAAGGAUACCAAAAAACUCCAUCGCACAUGAGGCCUGGCUGGAGCACUCCCAGUACAAGAAGUUGAAAGCUGAUAAUGAACUUGCUGCCUCUGGAAGACUACGUGAGGCAAUGUAUUGGUCAAGAGAAAAAGCUCAUAAUGAUCUUCAGGCUCAGCAUGAUGCUACAGACUAUGGUCUUCGUCGCUGCAUCUAUGAGACUCAGCGCCAGAAGAAUGAGCUUCAGUGGCAACGCCAAAAGAUGAUGAAUGAAAUGGAGAAGAUGUCAAAAGAAAUAGCUGAUCUGGAACAUGCCCUGAUGGAUAAGACUAAUUCAGCAAAGUUGGCAGAGACACGGCUAGAAAAUCGUUUAUAUCGUCCAGGUGCAGAACUGGUUCAGGAUGAAGCUCACUUUGGAUUGAGGGAUGAGGUACUGCAGCUGCGUCAGACCCAACAGGAUCUCAGGAAGAAAAUUGAUGAUGGGAAGGCAACAUACAAUGAUCUUGAAGAACAUCUGAUUCGUUUGGACCAGGAUAUUGCAAACAAGCAACAUACCUUGAUGACAGAUCUGCGUUGUAUGGAUAUGAGAGAUGUGUUAAAGAAAGGUGACCUGGCUCCACCUGCUACACAGACUCAACGCAACAUACAACUCACUCAAAUUGAGGAGGAAUUACCAAAGUUUUAAACACAUUGGUAUAUGAAUAAUUCACAAUUAUGUAAGAUUUGAGGUUUCCACAGCUGUGACUAUGAAGAAUGCUGUCUUCUGGGAUGUGGUGCCAUGUAGG